AUGAGUGAGCGAGGGCCGGCGGGCGGGGACGGCUCCGGGCGCGGCGCGGCCUUCGAGGUGGGGCCGGGGAGCGCCGGCGUAGGCCUCGGGCCUGGCUCUGAGGCGGCGCCGGCGGCGGCACGGGGAACGGCCGGAACGGCCAGCCAGCGGGGGCCCCAGCGACGGCGCGCUCCCCCGCCCCCUCUCUGCCUGCCGUUGCCGUUGCCGCUGCGGCCGGCAAGGCUGAGGCGCCGGGCCUGCCUGCGGUCGCCACUCGGGCGCCGCCCGUCGGGGCCUCGACUCGCCCCCCCCCCCAACGCGGCCCUCGUGGGUCCGAGCCGCCGGUCCGGUCCCGCGGCUUGCCGGGACCCCCCGCGCCGCGCUCCCCCCGCCGCCGGACCAGAGGUGAGUGCGGACGGGGGGGGCCCGCUGGAGGGACCCUGGGGCGAGUCCUGGGUUGGCUCUGAGCCCGCCCCAGGACACAGAGAAUCCAUAGUUGUCAAACAGCACGCUCACUUUAAAUACUACCCUAGUUUUUCCUCUGUUUUCUUUUCCUCUGCGCAAGAUGGUUAUAAUUGUUGGACUGAGCAAAGGCACUUUGUAGCACUGAGAUCGUCUGACUUAUGGUCCCUUCCCGCUAGUAGGGGCGUUCAGGUGCCAUAUUAUCUUCCUGUGCGACAGUGGCAUUCUUCGCAACCGAGACACGAUGACUCGGUGGUGGAAAAGUCGCUGAAGUCUCUCAAGGACAAAAACAAGAAGCUGGAAGAAGGAGGCCCAAUAUAUAGUCCAACCGUAGAAGAAAGCAUAGUUAAAAGAUCUCUUGGGCAGAGGGUUGUCGACGAACUGAAGCACUACUACCAUGGCUUUCGGCUCUUGUGGAUUGAUACGAAAAUUGCUGCACGUAUGCUCUGGCAGAUUCUCCAUGGCAACACUUUAUCCCGACGAGAACGGAGACAGUUCCUUCGGAUAUGUGCUGACCUCUUUCGACUGGUCCCUUUCUUAGUCUUUCUCGUCGUUCCGUUCAUGGAAUUCCUGCUUCCAGUAGCCGUAAAGCUCUUCCCUAACAUGCUUCCGUCAACCUUUGAGACAAAGUCUAAGAAGGAAGAGAGGCUGAAGAAGGAAUUAAGAGUGAAGCUUGAACUGGCAAAAUUUCUUCAGGAUACUAUCGAAGAGAUCGCUUUAAAAAAUAAAGCAGCGAAAGGAAACGUCACCAGAGACUUUUCGACCUUCUUUCAAAAGAUCAGAGAGACCGGUGAAAGACCAAGCAACGAGGAAAUUUUACGGUUCUCUAAACUGUUUGAAGACGAGCUAACCCUGGAUAAUCUCACAAGGCCGCAGCUGGUGGCGCUCUGCAAACUGCUAGAACUUCAGUCAAUCGGGACGAACAAUUUUCUGCGCUUCCAGCUGACGAUGAAGUUGAGAUCUAUAAAAGCAGAUGACAAACUGAUAUCUGAGGAAGGGGUGGAUACCCUGACGGUUAAAGAGCUCCAGUCCGCAUGCCGAGCCAGGGGGAUGAGAGCGCUUGGCGUGACAGAAGAUCGUUUAAAGGAGCAGCUUAAGCAGUGGUUGGACUUGCACCUGAACCAGGAAAUCCCAACUUCACUUCUCAUUUUAUCCAGAGCGAUGUAUCUUCCCGAUACGCUUUCGCCGGCAGACCAACUUAAAACAACGCUGCAAAUACUUCCUGAAAGUAUGGCCAAAGAAGCUCAAGUGAAAGCAGCGGAAGUGGAAGGCGAGAAAGUGGACAACAAAACCAGGCUGGAAGCCACCCUCCAGGAGGAAGAAGCUAUCAGGAAAGAAAACCAGGAGAAAGAGUUGGAAAGGCUGUCUGAAGCUGCCGAGAAGGCAAAAGAAAUUCUUCAGGUUGCAGCCAGGAAAGAGGUGGAGUCCGCCAUCGACCUCAAUUCUGCAGCCGUGCAUACAAAGAAAAGCCAGAUAGCCGUGGAUGCAGAAGAAGAGUUGGCAAAGGCAGAUUUAGCCCUGCAUUCCGAGACGUUAAAAGACACAGCGCCAGUCCUGGAAGGCAUUAAGGGUGAAGAAAUAACCAAAGAAGAGAUUGACCUGCUGAGUGAUGCUUGCACUAAACUGCAGGAGCAGAAGAAAUCGCUGACAAAAGAAAAGGAGGAACUCGAGGAUCUGAAGGACGAUGUGCAGGAAUAUAAUGAGGAUUUGCAGGAAAUAAAGGAGUUAUCUAAGGAGGGGCAGGAAGAAGUCGUGGAAGAGUCCAAAGCGAGCAAGAGGCUGACCAAACGGGUGAACCGGAUGAUCGGGCAGAUUGACAAAAUUAUUGGGGAGCUGGAGACAGACCAAAAAGUGGUGGAUGGACAGCUGGACAGCGGUGCUAGUCCUCCCAUUGGGGAGAACCUCAUCAGUAUCAACGAGCUCAUUGGUGUGAUGAAACAACUCCAAAAAAUUCCAGAGAGCAAAUUGAACAGGCUUGCUGAAGCGCUGGAUGAAAACCAAGACGGAAAAAUUGACAUAGAUGACGUUGUGAAGGUCGUAGAACUGAUUGACAAAGAAGAUAUUGAUAUCUCAACCAACCAAGUAGCAGAAAUAAUGUCACUGUUGCAAAAGGAAGAAAAACUGGAAGAGAAAGAGAAGACGAAAGAGAAGGCCGAGAAGGAGGCUGUAGAAGUGAAGAAUUAGGUCCUGCUCUGAUCCAGAGCUUGGA